GGUCUCUGCGCGGGUUUCAAUCAUGUGACAUGCGCACUCGGCCCCGUUUUUUAGUGUUGUUAUGACAAGUCGAGGCCUCGGACUAAAUUAGGAGCGGAACCCCAGUGUCUGCUCGGGAGAAUCCGUUAUGGAGAGCAUGGACCUGGACCUGGACCUGGACCAGGAGCUCAUGCAGAAGUUCAGCUGCAUGGGGACCACAGACAAAGAUAUUUUGAUAUCGGAGUUUCAGAGGCUUCUUGGCUUUCAGCUAAACCCCGCCGGCUGCGCCUUCUUUCUGGACAUGACCAACUGGAAUUUACAGGCUGCUAUUGGAGCUUACUACGACUUUGAAAGUCCCAAUAUCAGUGCGCCGGGCAUGUCUUUUGUAAAGGAUGUAACCAUUGGUGAGGGCGAAUCCGUUCCACCUGACACGGCUUUCACGAAGACCUGGAGGAUACAGAACACUGGUGCCGAGUCGUGGCCUCCAGGGGUUUGUCUGAAGUACGUGGGAGGAGAUCAGUUCGGACACGUGAACAUGGUGAUGGUGCGCUCUCUGGAUCCCCAGGAAAUGACGGAUGUCAGUGUGCAGAUGCACAGCCCUGUUUCUCCUGGCAUGUAUCAGGGUCAGUGGAGAAUGUGCACGGCAACAGGACUCUACUAUGGAGAUGUCAUCUGGGUGAUCUUGAGUGUGGAGGUUGGAGGACUCCUAGGCGUCACGCAGCAGCUUUCCUCCUUCCAAGCGGAGUUCAACACGCAGCCUCACCGCAGCCUCCAGGGAGACUACAACCCCUUCGCCUCGCCACAGAAAAGCAAGUGCCCCAGCAGCAACAACAAUCACUUGAACAGUGACAGCAGCCAUAAAGGCGCAGAGGAGCGUUGGCAGGAGGGCCCACACCCGCUGCAGCAGGACCAGAACGGACUUUCAAACAACUCUGUGGAUUUAGUAGCAAAUAGUCUACAAAGCAAUCUGUCUAUAGUCUCUUGUAACCAGAUCCAGGAGCCCUCUCCUUUUGGGCACUCUUAAAUCAAGGGACUUCUCACACUAAAGCAGCACUAAAUCGUACCUCUGGAACCCGUCACAACAACAAUAAUAAUAAUAAUAAUAAAAAAAACAACCAAGUGGCUUUCCGACAGAAAUAGUUGAGAUCAAAAACACUUUCUGCUACAUUUUGAGAUGCCAGGAGGCAACGCUGGUGACGUGCAGCUGAACGAACAUCCCACACCCGCUGUAUGCACGUAUGAAUGCUAAGUUAAAAAAAAAUGAGUGCAAAGAGUGACAUUUUAUUAUUAUUUUUUCUUUUUAUUUGUUCUUAGCUGGCAGUGUGUGCAUGGAACCGUGGUAGCAGGGGCGUGAGUUUAAGAGCUGUGUGUAGAUGUGCGUGCAUUGUGACACCUGGAAGAAGAGACUUUGGAUUUGAAGCCAUUUAUUUUUUUUGCCAACAGAUUCUUCAAUAUCUGCUCCAAAUCUUAGUUCAGUGAUAUAUAUAUAUAUUUUUUGGUUUGUCUUUUUUAAAUCAAGUGUCUCACUGGAAACCUUAAAGGGGGUGUUCUUUGAAACACCCCCCCCCCCCUUUUUUUUUCACUUUCCAGGAUUUCAAGGAUCGUUUUUUGUUUGUGUUUUUCCAUGGAAUAUUCAUGUCUUUUCACACUACUUUUACUUAUUAAAACAGAAACUUUUCUUUCUUUUUCACUUGAUUUUCGAUACUGACAAGAUGAAAAACAAAAAAAAAGUUUGAAUCAUUUGCAUGAAUUGGUUUAUCAUAGCAGUAAAACUGAAUAUUGUUGAAGUGUCACGCGGUCGCAGCGUACGUUUAAACUUUCUGUGUUAUUAACUGGCAGCUGGCUAAGAUAGCCGUCAGUCACACUGUUUGUGUAGAGAUGGCAGUCAUUUUGAUGGAGAUAAUCACACGUCUGGAAGUCUGGGGGCUCUCACCAUCCACCUCUUGAAGCAAAUCCAAGAUGAAUACAUAUUUGCAUACAUUUGUCUGUUAUCAAGAUAACACUGAAGUCAAGAGAUGUACAUAUCUGUAAAGAGAUUACUUCAUAAAAACAGAAAUGUGUCUUUCUGCACUGAAUUUUUCUUCCUUUUUUUUUUUUUUCAUUUCAACAUUUGAUGAAUGUAUCUGAGAAUUCUCAUUGAUGAUCUCAUCAGCCACCCAAAGAAUCUAAAUUAAAACAUUUUAACUGACCUGGUACCUGGAAGUGGAAAUGAGUGAUCUGCCUUCUGUUCCUUCUGACGCUUUGCAAACCACUUUUAAAGAUUCAGUAACGCUGCAGCCUGAAAUGAUCAGGAUUUUGUUCUUUACAAAAACAUCCACUAAUGGUUCUUAUUAAAGUGGUCCGAUCCGAGCAGGAAAUGUACGCAACUUUCAUAAAUAGAGCUGUCUCGGAGCAUUUGCAGCUAAGCAUCCUUUUUUUGUUGUUUUUUAAAUAAAUAAAGCUGUAAAUUCUCAGGGUGCUAAGCCAUGACAGGAUGAUGACAGCUAAUUGCACGAGUCCACAGGCUCUAUAUCUGUGCAUGUUACCCUCUGUCAUCCCAGGUACCUACAGUCUGUCCGUCAAGUGUUUUUUGUUUUAAUACCCCUGAGUUUCCAGCGGCGAUGUGGAAUGAAUCGGUUGGCAUGGACUCCUACAGCAGCAGCAGGAGCAGCACAUGUAUGCGAGUGAGGAAGUGUGAACAUUGAAUGCCACUCUCUGUAUUUUUAAUGAAUGUUUGUAUGAUUAAAUUAUCACUGAAAGUGGAAAAAUGUGAA